AUGUGUUAUAAAUUUGGCAAACUUGCCGUUGAUAAAAGUGAGCUUUGUUUGGCGAAUGUGUUACAAGGUGGCCAAUCUUUUCGGUGGAUCUGGGAUGAGAAGUUAAAUCAGUACAGCACCACAAUGAAAAUAGGUAGACAAGAAGAUUAUUCAGUGGUAAUUUUAAGACAAAAAGAAGAUAAGGGGCUUUUAGAAUAUGCUGCUGUUGGCGACCAUGGGGACCAGGACGCUUUAAAGUCACAUUUUAUGAAAUAUUUUAGGUUGGAUGUCUCAUUGAAACAUUUAUUUGAUAAUGUAUGGAUACCAAAUGACAAAAUGUUUGCAAAGCUGUCCCCACAAGGUAUUCGUAUUUUGGCCCAAGAACCAUGGGAAACGCUGAUUUCCUUUAUUUGUUCGAGUAACAAUAACAUUUCGAGAAUCACUAGAAUGUGCAACAGCCUUUGCUCUAAUUUUGGGAACUUAAUCACAAAACUAGAUGGCGUCACGUAUUAUUCCUUUCCUACAAGUGAAGAGCUAGCUACAAGGGCAACUGAAACUGGCCUACGUGAUUUGGGCUUUGGAUAUAGAGCUAAAUAUAUUAUCGAAACUGCUAAAAAACUAGCAAAGGACAAAGUCGACUCUGGUAUUGCAAGCGAUACUGAGUAUCUACAAAAGUUGUGCGAAGAUGCUGAUUAUGAAGACGUUAGAGAGCAUCUCAUGUCUUACAAUGGUGUGGGCCCCAAAGUUGCCGAUUGCGUUUGCCUAAUGGGCCUUCACAUGGAUGGUAUUGUACCUGUUGACGUCCAUGUAAGUAGAAUCGCUAAGAGAGAUUACCAGAUAUCUGCGAAUAAGAACCAUAUUAAAGAACUGAGAGGAAAGUACAAUGUUUUACCAAUUACGAGAAAAAAAAUUAAUCCGGAGCUUGAUUAUAUAAGGCUGAUGCUUUUAGAGAAAUGGGGAUCGCAUGCUGGUUGGGCACAAGGUGUCUUGUUUUCCAAAGAGGUUGGAGGUACCAGUGGUAGUACUACAAGUGGUGAAAUAAAGAAAAGAAAAUGGGAUUCUUUAGAAGAGACUGAGCAAACAAUCACAAAACAAGUGAAAUUGAAAGUAGAAUUGAGUGAAAUUCACAUUAAGGAGGCUAAAAUCGAUUAG